AGGCAGGCAGGUGGCUGAGGCGGCGCGGCCAUGGCGCUCCUGAGGGGUGUGUUCAUUGUUGCAGCGAAGCGAACUCCCUUUGGCACCUAUGGAGGUUUGCUGAAGGACCUCACAGCCAUAGACCUGGCAGAACACGCUGCCCGGGCAGCUCUGGCAGCUGGCAAGGUGUCUCCUGAGAUCGUUGACAGUGUCGUUGUUGGCAAUGUCAUGCAGACCUCCUCAGAUGCUGCUUAUAUUGCAAGACAUGUGGGUUUACGUGUGGGAAUUCCUGUCCCGGUUCCAGCUCUCACUGUCAACAGACUCUGUGGCUCUGGUUUCCAGUCCAUUGCCAAUGGAUGUCAGGAAGUCUGUCUUAAUGACUCAGAGGUGGUUCUGUGUGGUGGAGCUGAAAAUAUGAGCCAGUCUCCUUACGCUGUUCGAAAUGUUCGCUUUGGAACCAAAUUAGGAGUAGAUAUGAAGAUGGAAGACACACUGUGGUCAGCUGUGAAUGACACGCACAUUAAUACACCUAUGGGAGUUACAGCUGAAAAUCUGGCAGUAAAAUACAACAUCACACGGGAGGACUGUGACCGAUACGCUCUGAAAACACAACAGAGGUUCAAAGCUGCUUCUGAUGCUGGUUACUUCAAUGAGGAGAUGGCACCAAUUGAAGUGAAAACAAAAAAAGGGAAAGAAAGCAUGCAAAAGGAUGAGCACCCACAGCCCCAGACUACACUGGAACAACUGGCAAAACUCCCAACUGUCUUUAAGAAGGAUGGAACAGUCACUGCUGGAAAUGCUUCAGGUGUGUGUGAUGGCAGUGGAGCAAUCAUCAUUGCCAGUGAAUCAGCACUUAAAAAGCACAGUCUCACUCCACUGGCAAGGAUAGUAGCUUAUCAUGCAUCUGGCUGUGACCCUAACAUAAUGGGCAUCGGCCCUGUACAUGCAAUUACUGAAGUCCUGAAGAAGGAAGGACUGACCCUGAAGGAUAUGGAUUUGGUGGAGGUGAAUGAGGCAUUUGCGCCCCAGUACCUGGCAGUUGAAAAAGUCUUGGGCCUUGACCCCGAAAAAACUAAUGUCAACGGAGGUGCCAUCGCAGUCGGUCAUCCUCUGGCUGCUUCAGGAUCACGGAUCACAGCUCAUCUGGUUUAUGAAUUAAGGCGUCGCGGUGGGAAAUACGCAGUUGGGUCAGCCUGCAUUGGAGGUGGACAAGGCAUUGCUGUCUUGAUUGAGAACACAGCCUGAGAGGUUCUGGAGACUUCAGUGGUGCACAGAUUUGU